AUUGUAGAUUAUUUGAGUGCCCGUGACGACGGUCUUUCAGCCAGCAGCGUAAGCAGUGUGUCUGGUGGCGGGGGUGGUACUGGAGUUGUUAGUGGUCAGGGGUGCAUCAGCGUGGAGGAGAAAGCGGCCGCUUACGAGCUUCUGGGGGCCAGUUUGUUUGAUCGACACUCACUAGUGCAAGAUGCUUUGCGUGCCUGGCUUCAAGCCAUGGAGAUAAGGAAACGAGCUUUUGGUUAUACCAAACGCCUUCCCCAUCAUCACUACCCAGCCUGCUGUUUGGAGGCCGCUAACUUGCUUACAUCUCCAGAUGAAAACAAUUUGGCUGAUAAAGAUGAUGAAAUGAGGCAUGGACCUGAUUGUCAAGAAUCAAGAAAUCCCCGCUAUUACGUGAUUGCACUUCUGUUUAUUUUUUUAUUGUUGAGGUUACUUCCAUUUCGAGUGAAAGUGUUGAGUGAAGAGAUUAUAAGGUCGGUUCCACCAGAAGAUGACGGCGGAUUCCUUGACCAGCUGUUGAUUGGCUUUACUGGAAGAUUCAUGCUGACGCUUUUUCCCAGCCAAUCUUCUUCAAUUCCGAUGAAAAGGUGCUAA